AUGGCACUGGCUGUCUGUCUCUAUUGGAGCUCCCUAUUCCUUGUAGCUGCUCUUGCAGUUCCACGCUCUCCUGCUAACUCGGGCCGCACUCCACCUGCCAAAGUGCGUUUGGCAGGAAUUGGGCGAAGAGACAAUGAAGGCCGCAUUGAAGUACUGCACAACAGUACAUGGGGAACUGUGUGUGAUGACGAGGUUGACAUUAAACUGGCAAAUGUGAUUUGUAAAGAACUGGGCUUCCGGGGCGCCAUCACAUGGGCACACAGUGCCAAAUAUGGAGAGGGAGAUGGUCCUAUUUGGAUGGAUAAUGUGCGCUGUGAUGGUUCAGAGAAAUCACUGAAAGAGUGCAAGUCAAAUGGAUGGGGUGUCCAUGACUGCAAACACUCAGAGGACCUUGGAGUAGUGUGUAAUCCUGAGAGAAGGCUGGACCAAGUGGUUUCUGGUGGGCCUAGAAGAAGUCCUUCCACUAGAAGAACUGUUACCCCCUCAAACCAGUGGCAUGACAUCUAUUCCAAUUCAAGAGCCCUCUCACAGGGUCAAUUAUCUAGACACCAGUUACAUGUGCCGUCUAGCAGUAAAGUGAAGAUUCAGGAAGUUCGUUUGAGGCCAAUUUUGAUGGCUACGAAGAAACAUGCCCUAGUGACACAGGGUGUGGUGGAAGUGAAGCAUGCUGGGAGAUGGAGGCAGGUGUGUGACAAAGGCUGGAGUCUGAACAGCAGCAUGGUGGUGUGUGGUAUGCUGGGAUUCCCUGAUGCAGUGCAGCCCAACCUGAAGGCUUACAAAAAAAUAUGGGAUGAAAAGGUUAAGGAUCCAUCUACCAGGCUGAGUUUUAUGGCCAAAAAGAAGAGUUUUUGGGUGGAGAAAGUGCAUUGCCUUGGUACAGAGCCCAGGCUGGCAGAGUGUCAUACGCAGCUCUCCAUUCCUCACAGUUCUACGCCAUGUAAAAAUGGACGCUUUGCAGUGGCCCACUGCAAACCUGGACCGCAAUUUUCACGCAUGUCCUCAGGAAGGCCUCAAGCCCCACAUCCUGUCAAGCUGGCAGUACGUUUGAAGUCAGGACCUCGCUUGGGUGAGGGCAGGGUGGAAGUUCUGCGUGAAGGAAAGUGGGGAACUGUGGUUGAUCAUCUUUGGAAUCGUGUUUCUGCCAGUGUGGUGUGCAGAGAACUGGGCUUUGGUACUGCCAAAGAGGCUCCUACUGGAGCCCACAUGGGCCAAGGAACCGGGCCGAUCCAUAUGAACUCAGUUCAAUGUACAGGAAGAGAGCGCUCCAUCUUGGAUUGCCAUUUCCAACCAGUCCAGCCAUGGACAUUCAAACACACCAAAGAUGCAUCUGUCAGAUGUAACGUUCCCAAGACAGGCUUUGAGACCACAGUGCGGUUAGCAGGGGGAAGAGAUGUGGCAGAAGGCCGUGUGGAAGUGCUCAUGGAGGUUGGGGGCAGGAAGAGCUGGGGAGCAGUGUGCAGUGAGAACUGGGGCAUUAAUGAGGCAAUAGUGGUAUGCAAACAGCUGGGCUUUGGCUUUGCUGCACAUGCCCAUCAGGACACAUAUUACUGGCCCGGAGACCCUAAUGCUCAGGAAGUGCUGCUGAGUGGGACUCACUGUGUGGGCACAGAACUUUCCAUUCAGCAAUGUCGCCGAAACAGCAAUGUAUACUGUCCCCGUGGAGGAGGACCCAAAGCAGCCGGAGUCACCUGCUCAGAAUUUGCCCCUGACCUGGUGUUGGAUACACAGCUGGUGCAGGAGUCGGCAUAUCUGGAGGAUCGACCACUUCACCUGCUCACCUGUGCCCAUGAGGAGAACUGCCUGUCUUCUUCAGCCAACCGCAUGAACUGGCCUUAUGGCCACCGACGUCUGCUGCGUUUCUCCUCCCGCAUCAUGAACCUGGGGAGAGCCGACUUCAGACCCAAAGCUUCACGAGAAUCCUGGAUAUGGCAUCAAUGUCACAGGCACUACCACAGCAUUGAAGUGUUCACACACUAUGAUCUUCUCACACUCAAUGGAACCAGAGUGGCAGAAGGACACAAAGCCAGCUUCUGUCUGGAGGACACGUAUUGUCCUGAAGGUCUUCACAAACGCUUUUCAUGCUACAACUAUGGAGACCAAGGAAUUUCAAUGGGCUGCUGGGAUACAUAUCGUCAUGAUAUUGACUGCCAAUGGGUAGAUAUCACAGAUGUCAGGCCAGGAGAUUAUAUCUUCCAGGUGGAAGUAAAUCCAUCACUGGAUAUGGCUGAGUCAGACUUCAUGAAUAAUGUAAUGCGCUGUAGGUGCAGAUAUGAUGGUCACAGAGUCUUCAUGUAUGGCUGUCAUACAGGAGAUGCCUAUAGUGCUGAGAUCGAAGACUUGUUUGAACACCAGCGUCAGAUCACUAAUAACUUCCUCUGAGCCGUAUGCAGACAGCACACACUGUGACCUGUUACACUAUGGACUUUGGAAAAGAAAAAAAAAACCUCUUUACUAUUUACAAACACAUCUGCUGGGAAAAAAAAAAAAAAUCACAAAACCCAAAAUGCAUUGAUAAGUGGAGAUAGUUGUAGUAGUAACUGUUUAAUUAGCACCUCAGUGCUAACCAGUUACUACGAAUGACUAAAAGAGACAGAAAUUUAUUUAUAUUCA